GUGGACAGCGCUGUGCUGGUGUCGCGGUGCGCGCAGCCUCUUCGGCAGGCUCCACAGUGCCCCUUUCUUCUCGAGUUAAAAACCGCAUCACACAUUUAAACUGCGGUUUCUUUGCUGUUAAAAACAGAGAACUAAACUGUAAUAGCAGAAAGCGGAGACUACAAUUUCACGCACGACGCCAGCGGAAGGACGGACGCACGGACGGACGGUGGACGGAAACAGAGACAAACCGUGACCGCUGAGAGGUGCAUUCCCUUAGUAGUGUAAUCUGCUCUGAAGUAGUGGACAUACUGUGAGAGGCCGUCCCCAGCCCCAGGCAAAAACGUGUAUAUAUAUAUAACCACAGGUACCAGGAGUGUGGUCAUGGGGCCUAGGCAGGCCUCAGUUCUAGUUCAGCCUGUGCUGGCUGUAUUGGUGCUCAUUAUGAGUGUGUGCUGUCUAAACCCGGAUGACCCAAACGUCUGCAGUCACUGGGAGAGCUAUGCAGUGACAGUUCAGGAGUCAUACGCACAUCCUUUUGACCAGAUCUACUACACCAGAUGCACGGACAUACUCAACUGGUUCAAGUGCACCAGACACAGGAUCAGCUACAAAACAGCAUACCGGAGAGGGGUACGGACCAUGUACCGUCGCCGCUCCCAGUGCUGCCCGGGCUACUUUGAGAGUGGUGACUUGUGUGUCCCUCUGUGUACAGAAGAGUGCGCCCAUGGCCGCUGUGUGUCCCCUGAUACGUGUCAGUGUGAGCCAGGCUGGGGAGGACUAGACUGCUCCAGUGGCUGUGAGAGUGGCUACUGGGGACCUCACUGCAGUAACCGUUGCCAGUGUCAGAACGGAGCCCUGUGUAACCCCAUCACUGGGGCCUGUGUCUGCACAGACGGCUACCAGGGCUGGCGAUGUGAGGACCCCUGUGAGCCUGGCUACUACGGCAAGGGUUGCCAGCUGCAGUGCCAAUGUCUUAACGGUGCCACCUGUCACCACGAGACAGGAGAAUGCAUCUGUGCCCCUGGGUAUAUGGGUGCUGUCUGCGGUGUGCGCUGUCCAUCCGGCAGCCAUGGGACCCAGUGUGAGCAGCGCUGCCCCUGCCAGAAUGGUGGAACCUGCCACCACAUCACUGGAGAGUGCUCAUGUCCGGCUGGCUGGACUGGGUCUGUGUGUGCCCAGCCCUGCCCAUUAGGCAAAUUUGGCAUCAACUGCAGCAAGGACUGCUCAUGCCGUAAUGGGGGACUGUGUGACCACAUCACUGGACAGUGCCAAUGUAUGGCAGGCUACACUGGCCGCAGGUGCCAAGAGGAGUGCCCUGUCGGUACAUAUGGCCAGCAGUGUGCGCUCCAUUGCGACUGUCAGAAUGGGGCCAAGUGUUACCACAUCAACGGUGCCUGUCUGUGUGACACAGGCUUUAAAGGACCUCACUGCCAGGAGAGAUUCUGCCCCCCAGGGUUGUACGGACUUAUAUGUGACAAAUACUGCCCCUGUAAUACUACAAAUACUUUGAGCUGUCAUCCUCUAUCAGGGGAAUGCUCUUGUACAGCAGGGUGGACUGGUCUGUACUGCAAUGAGAUGUGUCCUCCGGGCUACUACGGUGAGGGCUGCAGCCUAAAGUGCCAAUGUGCUAAUGGGGCAGACUGUCAUGGGGUCACUGGAGCCUGCAUCUGUGCUCCUGGCUUCACUGGAAAUGACUGCUCCCAGACAUGUCCUUCUGGAUUUUAUGGAACUAACUGCUCAUCUGCCUGUCACUGCCAUAAUCAAGCCUCCUGUUCUCCCAUUGACGGCUCCUGCAUUUGCAAAGAGGGCUGGCAGGGUGUGGACUGUUCAAUCUUGUGCUCCAGUGGAACAUGGGGUCUUGGCUGUAACCAAACCUGUAUGUGUGUAAACGGGGCUGCCUGUGACCCCAUUGAUGGCUCUUGCUCCUGCACACCAGGCUGGAGGGGAAAACACUGCCAACUGGCUUGCCCUGAUGGCACCUACGGGCUGGAGUGUCGGGAGCACUGUGACUGUAAUCAUGCCAACGGAUGUGAUCCCAUCAGUGGCUACUGCCUCUGUUUGGCAGGAUGGACGGGUAUCCACUGUGACAGUGUUUGCCCUCAGGGCUUCUGGGGGCCAAACUGCUCCAUGACCUGCUCAUGCCAGAAUGGAGGCUCAUGCUCCCCUGAGGAUGGCACCUGUGUGUGCGCACCAGGCUACCGUGGCACAUCCUGCAAAAGAUUCUGUUCUCCUGGGUUCUAUGGGCAUCGCUGCAGUCAGACAUGCCCCCAGUGUGUGCACAGCACUGGCCCGUGCCAUCAUGUUACAGGCCAGUGUGAAUGCCUGUCUGGAUUUUUUGGCCCACUGUGCAGUGAAGUGUGUCCCAGUGGCAGGUAUGGGAAAGCUUGUGCUGAAGUGUGUCUCUGCAUGAACAACGGCACGUGCAACCCUAUUGACGGCUCCUGCCAGUGCCUCCCCGGCUGGAUUGGAGAUGACUGCUCACAGGCAUGUCCUAUAGGGCAGUGGGGUCCUGACUGCCUCAACUCAUGCAACUGUCACAACGGAGCCCAGUGUAGUGCCUAUGAUGGGGAGUGCAGGUGCAGCCCUGGCUGGACGGGCCUUUACUGCACACAGCGAUGUCCAUCAGGCUUCUAUGGGCGUGACUGUGCUGAGGUGUGCCGCUGUCAGAAUGGAGCAGACUGUGAGCACAUCACGGGCCAGUGUACCUGUCGCACAGGCUUCAUUGGUAGCAGCUGCGAGCAAAAGUGUCCUCCUGGGACUUUUGGCUAUGGCUGUCAGCAGCUGUGUGAGUGCUUGAACAAUGCCACCUGUGACUACGUGACUGGAACCUGUUACUGCAGUCCUGGAUACAAAGGAAUUCGCUGUGACCAGGCGGCCUUGAUGAUGGAGGAGCUGAAUCCCUACACUAAGAUCAGUCCAGCCCUGAGCUCCGAGCGCCAGUCAGCUGGUGCCGUCAUGGGCAUCAUCUUCCUACUCCUCAUCAUCAUGGCCAUGCUUAGCCUGUUUGUGUGGUACAGACAGAGGCAGAGGGAGAAGGGUCAGGACAUGCCGAGUGUGUCCUACACACCAGCCCUGCACAUCACCAACACUGACUACUCACUCUCUGACACAUCUCAGAGUAACAGUGGCCAGUGUUUCUCCAACCCCAGCUACCACACUGUGGCCCAGUGCAACAUUCCCUCCUCCAACACUAACAAUCUGGAUGGCACUCUAACUCUGAAGAAGGGGGAUAGGAGCAACUCAGAAUGGAGAGCGUAUUGCAAUCUGAAUGACCUUGGUGUGACACGAGAGGAUACACUGACACUGCAAGACAACAAGACCACUCAAGUUGCUAAAGACUACAUCAAGCCAUCCAUGUGCAGCUCCAGCUCGUGCUCUUUGAACAGUGAGAAUCCAUAUGCCACUAUCCGGGACCCACCAGGUCUGACCUGCAAGCACACAGAGAGCAGCUAUGUGGAAAUGAAGUCUCCUGCACACAGGGACCUGGCCUUCUGCACCAGCACUAACACUACCACCCGUACCUCUGCAACCAGGAACAUCUAUGACAUGGAACCCACAGUGAGUGUCCUACAGGGACCCAAUGGCCUGGCGACUGGUUUCUCUCAGAACCCUUAUGACCUUCCUCGGAACAGCCACAUCCCCAGCCACUACGACAUCCUGCCCAUGCGCCACAGCCCCACACACACCCCACCACCCCCUGAGAGCCCCCCCAGCUCCCUGCUGUAAAGCCCAGCCCUGAGUCUACCUCUACACUACAGCAAGCACCACCUGCUUCUGCAGGACCUCCUCCUGUCUAUGUUUUUAUCUUAUCACAUCUUUCCAUCCCUUUCCCACAUACACACACAGAUGUAUAAGAAGAUAAAUAGAGUUUUGCUGGAUUGGUAUUAGUCUGUGUGUGUGUGUGGGACAACAGAUGGAUAAGAAAGGAUUGUACAGAGAACUGUAAAGAUAUUAGCAACUACUCACUUCUCUUCAUUCGGUUCCCUUGAAGCUAAAAGGAUUUCAUUAAGAAGGCCGGACUGGGGACUGAGAAGAAAAACAAAACAAAACCUGUAUUCUGUAUCUAAUUGUGUAUAUGGCAGCAGACUACCAGACUAUCACGGCACUCUUGUGUUGAAGAGUUUCCAUACAAAUGAGCUGUCUUCAGUUGUAGGUAGAGGAACGUAGUCUCAGUGAUUCGAUGGUCAGUAGCUUAAGCAGGUGAGAAGUUGACCCAAUCACCUGUCCCCUAAAGCAGUCAGGGACUGACCCUGGCCAUCUAAUCAGAGCCAAUGGAUACUGUCACCUACAGGUGAAGUAUCACUGCUAACCUUGGCUAUUUAAGAGAACUGAAAAGACCUUAGUGAGUAAGCAUGGCUUAAUAGUAAGUAAAUGGUUAAAUAGUAAAACCAUUUAGUUUUUACUGUAUAAAGACAAUUACCAAAAUGAGUUUUUGAGAACCAUACUUUUUUCUUCAUGACCAUAUGAGUAUAAUUCUUUAAACAUUACAUAAAGUAUUUUAAAAUCUGCUGAGGUGGUGCACAGCUCUUUAUAAAAGAUUUAUGAGACAAAGAGCAGCUUGAUAUAAACUGUACACUGUCCUUAAAUCCACUAGUCUAUAUUAAACUGCUGUUUCAUCCAGAAACAUUUAUGGAUGGCUAUAUAUCAAGUUUGCAGGUGUGAUGUCAUGUGAAUGUGUAUUCAAGACAGUAUACUAUAAUGUUACUAUUCUUUGGUUGUUUUUUUUUUUGUUUGUUUUUUAGUAAAUAUAUACUGUUAUUUCUGUUUAUAUUCUUAAAAUCCCAGUGGCUGGAUCUUAAGAGAGCUUUUUUGUGGGGGUUUUUGUAAUUUAUUUGAGGAAAUAGCAGUUUUGUUUCCCAUAAAGGUGUAAAGUUUAAAUAGAAAACAAUUUAGCAUGAGCAAAUUAUAUCAAAUGAUGCCUAAUUAAUUUCUUGUGACUGUACCACUCAUGCACAUUAGCAAUACACAAUGUAAGUUAUCUUUUGUGUCCAAGUAGAUGCAUUACAGUGGGCAGUGAUCACCUACAUACUGUUUGGAGACAUUUCCUGAAUCUUGUUUCAUAUGAAGUUCAAUUUGGUAAUUCUGCUUGCUUUUGUUUUGUUUUGUGCAGUGUUCUAAAUGUGGCUAAAUUCCCUUCACUAAAGCAAUAACCUGCAGACAAUCACACACAGGGACAAAAGUGCAGUUUAUCCACCAAUACGCAGCAAGUUGGUGUGCUUUAAGCCUGUUUGUGAAACAAAACUGGUUUGAUCUUUGUGUCAUUUCAUUCAAAAUAAAGCUUACAGAGAAUAGGUUUAAUUUAA